ACUAUUGUUUGCGGCAGAAUUGAGUGGGAAAAGUCUCUAAAUGCUAUCAAAAUCAUAGACACCCUCUGUGUCAACCCCAAAGGCAGCCUGAAAAAGAAAAUCAGAAUUUUGUCGCUAGAAUCUUUCACCAAUAAAAAAGUCGCUGGAGGGGUCUGAAAACUCGCUUAAUAUAAGUGACAAAGUUGCUAAAUUGACAACGCUCAGAAGACAAGUGGGCAAUUGUGGAAGUAAACCAAGAAGGCGCGAUAUAUGCAAAUGUUUCAGAAUCGGAUAAGUGGACUAGUUUCAAACUGCACUCACUCGGUGCGCUUAGCGAGAUAAAUCAAGCGCAUCUAUGGUUCAGUGACGGUAGAUGAAAGUUGGGCUCCAUCUGAUCAUUUCCAGUGGUAGAUUUCAGCACCGUGCACCCACGUCGGGUGAACUGGGCCUGCUUGCGGGGACAUAAAUCGACUGUACAGUAGGAGGGACAACGUGACGUAAUCGACACUUUCAUUGGCCUAUGCCGCCGUCAAUCAAAUAUGCCUUCGUACUUCCGCCUGGUUAUCAGAGGAGACCAGGAUGAGAGAGCUGUCCUGUGCAGUGAAGACAAGACUUAUGACCUGAAGAUAGCCGACACCUCAAACCUCCUGCUGUUAGUGCCUGGCUGCCUGACUCCAGAUCAGCUGACGACUGACAACCAGGCCAGCUCUCAGCUGGUCCAUUCACAGAUUUGGGGCUUUUCUAACAGUUACUGGGAGUUGAGAAAGUGCCAUCCCAAACUAAAGAAGCUGAAGAGACUUCUGAUGGAGAAUCCGUACGAGGGCCCAGGUAUCAGUGGGCAGGAGGAUGUCACGGAGGGGAAGUACACUAUGGGAGACCUGCUUGAAAGAAUCCAAGCAAGUGAGGAGGAACUGGAGGCCCAACUACAGACUAUUCAUGCCUGUGAGGUCAACGGCUACUGGAGGCUGUUGGAUUUUGACUAUGAGAUGAAGCUACUGGGUCACAUCACUCAGCUGGUGGACUCUGAGUCCUGGUCCUUCAGUAAAGUCCCUCUCCGUGUCAGCCUGGAGGAGUUAGGACGUCUGGAGCCACAGGAGAUGAUAGAGCAUAGCUUGAACUGUUAUGGAAGGCGCUACACGGACAACGAUGAGGUGCUCUUUGCGCUGAACGAGGACAAGGUGUGCAGAGCCACAGCUCAGAUGCUGCUGCAGAACGCAGCGAAGUUCAACCUGGCAGAGUUCCAGGAGGUGUGGCAGCAGAGUGUCCCAGACGGCAUGGGGACUAGACUGGACCAGCUGAAGAGUCUAGCCCUUGUGGACCGCAGCUCCAAACCAGAGACCAUAUCUCUGCUGAGAGUGGAAGAUCUUCCCGAGGACACACUGGAGAGAUUCACCCACCUCUUCACCAUGAGACAGAAGUGGACCGAGGAGGACAUCACCCCUUACAUACAGGACUUGUGUGGAGAAAAGCAAACAACUGGAGCUCUUCUUACCAAAUACGCUCGUUUGUCCACGCAAAACGGAAUGAAAGUCUUCAAUUCAAGAAGGCUAGUGGCCACAUGAAGACGAUUGGAGAUCUUAAUUGACGAGCAAAGUUGUUUGG